AUGGAGGCCAAAAUCGAUGCUCUGGAGCACGAGCUCGCAGAGAUGCGUUCGUCGUUAGCGGCUGUCACUACGGCAGUCAAAGACCUUCCCACAUCACUAGUAGCGUUGAUAGAACGCUCAAUGGGCAAAACCGUGCAACAUGAAGAUUCCAGUGUCAAUCGCGAAGAUGUUGGUGGUGUAUCGGGCACAAAACCACGUUCGCCGGAGCAGAUCUCGAUUCAGCAACCAGAUGCAGACGUAUCGCAAAGACCACUUCAGCUGCAAGGUAAAGCGUUGGCGGAAUUCCGACAAUCGGUGAAGAAGGUGGAACUGCCCAUCUUCGAUGGCAAGGACCCAGCGGGCUGGAUAUCACGAGCUGAGAUCUAUUUUCACGUUCAAGGAACCUCGCCGGAGGUGAAGGUAAGCCUUGCGCAACUGAGCAUGGAUGGUCCAACCAUCCACUUCUAUAAUGCUCUCCUUGAGGCAGAGGAGACACUCACUUGGGAACGGUUGAGGGACGCGUUGCUCGAACGUUAUGGUGGCCACGGUGACUGCGAUGUCUACGAGCAGCUGUCGGAGUUGCGACAAAGAGGAACCAUUGAUGAAUACAUCACUGAUUUUGAGUACCUUACGGCUCAAAUCCCCAAAUUACCCGAUAAGCAAUACCAGGGCUAUUUCCUUCAUGGCCUCAAAGAAGAGAUUAGGGGCAAGGUUCGAAGUCUCACAGCCAUGGGAGGAAUUACCAGGUCGAAAUUGUUGGUGGUGACGCGAGCAGUAGAGAAGGAGGUCAGAGGCGAACUCGGGUCAGGAUUGAACCGGUCCAAUCGGUUUGGAGGGUCGGGUUUUAAAGGAGGAGGGUCAGGCGGUUCGGGUCGACCCGGAGGGACAGAUUGGGUCUGGGUAAAAGGAAUGAAAGAAGCUGGGCUUCCCCAAAAACCUUCUUUCAACGGCCCAAAACCUGAUUCAAAAACACCUAGUGAUCCACGUAGGGUUGGGCCAAGGGAUCGGGGCUUCUCACAUUUGACAUAUCCUCAGCUUUUGGAAAGGAGACAGAAAGGACUAUGUUUUAAGUGUGGGGGAGCGUAUCACCCAUUGCAUCAGUGCCCAGACCGCCAGUUACGCGUAUUGAUUGUGGAAGAAGGAGAUGAAGAUACAGAGGAGGGCAAUGUUCUGGCUGUUGUAGUGGAUGAACAGGAAGAAGAAGCUCAAGGUGAGAUGAGUAUGAUGAGUUUCCAGAACAUCAACGGUACACCGAGAGAGCAACCCCAAACCAUGCGUCUUCAGGGAACGAUUCAAGGGAUCCCUGUUCUGGUAUUGGUGGACAGUGGGGCUACCCACAACUUCAUAGAUCAACGAUUAGUUCUCAGAAUGGGUUGGGAAGUAGAAGAUACGCCUCAGAUGUCCAUCAAAUUGGGAGAUGGGUUCCAGACAAGCGCGAGAGGCCGCUGCAAACGCAUAGAGCUGAAGGUAGCUGAUUACCAGCUCGAUUGCACACCCCACCUCUUUGAUUUAGGAGGACCCGAUGUCGUUCUCGGCAUAGAAUGGCUUAAGACCCUCGGAGACACCAUAGCCAAUUGGGCUACUCACACCUUGUGUUUCUGGAGUGGACAAAAGUGGGUCAAAUUGCAGGGUUUAACCGCUGGAAAGGAAUCUAUGGUGGCUUUACAACGCAUCGUCCAACGGGCAAACUGGGCAGAGCACGACAUCCUUUGGUCCCUGGAAAUCUCUGAGUCACAGAAACCUCCUGGCAAAGAUCUUACAGGCCAACAACAAGAGAGCUUACUCCGGUUAUUGGACAAAUACCGUGUCGUGUUUGAAGAGAAGAGCGGUUUGCCACCAAGCAGAGGAAGGGAACAUUGCAUCAAUAUCAGAGAGGGGCACGACCCUGUGAACGUGCGACCGUACCGCUAUCCACAUCUGCAUAAAACUGAGAUUGAAAAACAGGUUCGCGAGAUGCUGGAAGCGGGCAUCAUCAGACAAAGUACCAGCGCUUUCUCAAGCCCCGUCAUUUUGGUAAAGAAGAAAGACCAAACCUGGCGGAUGUGCGUGGACUACCGCGCUCUAAACAAGGCUACAAUUCCUGAUAAAUUUCCCAUACCGGUCAUUGAGGAGCUCUUAGAUGAAUUGCACGGAGCAAGGUAUUUCUCUAAACUGGACUUAAAAUCCGGGUAUCACCAAGUCCUUGUACGACCGGAGGAUGUGCAUAAAACCGCUUUCCGUACACAUGAGGGGCAUUAUGAGUACAUGGUGAUGCCCUUUGGUCUUAUGAAUGCCCCUUCAACCUUUCAAAGUCUGAUGAAUGAGGUCUUUCGACCCAUGUUAUGUAAGGGGGUAUUGGUGUUCUUCGAUGACAUAUUGGUGUAUGGCCAAGAUUGGACUUCUCACCUCAACCACUUGGAAGUUGUUCUGCAAAUUCUCCAAGACCAGCAGCUUACGGCAAACAAGAAGAAGUGUGUGGCGGUAGACCCAAGCAAGAUCACGAGUGUGGUGAACUGGCCUACUCCCAAGAAUGUUAAAGGGGUCAGAGGAUUCUUAGGAUUAACGGGGUAUUACCGUAAGUUUAUCCGAGAUUACGGGAAGGUGGCAAAGCCCCUAAUAGAAUUAACCAAGAAAGAUGCUUUCAAAUGGGGACCCGAGGCUCAACAAGCUUUUGAGGUGCUGAAAACCAAGCUUACUACAACACCAGUUCUGGCGCUGCCCGACUUCGACAAGGAAUUUUUGGUUGAGUGCGAUGCAUCAGGGAAUGGCCUUGGGGCUAUCCUCAUACAGGGUAAAAAUCCUAUCGCUUAUUAUAGUAAAGCGUUGGGGGUACGCAACCUAGCCAAGUCAGCGUACGAGAAUGAGUUAAUGGCGGUGGCCCUUGCAAUCCAACAUUGGAGGCCUUACCUUUUGGGCAGGAAAUUCUUGGUUUCGACGGACCAAAAGAGCCUCAAAAAGUUACUUCGUCAGAAAAUUGUUACCGGGGAUCAACAAAACUGGGCAGCCAAGCUUUUGGGCUAUGAUUUUGAAAUUGUUUACAAACCAGGUCGCUUGAAUCAAGGUGCAGACGCACUAUCUCGAAUGAGUGAGGGCGCAGAAUACCAAACCAUGAGCUCAUAUCCGUUUUGGGAAGAGCAAGCACAGGUAGCAGCGAAAUUGCAAUCCGAUGCCAAGUUACAAGCCAUUAUCAGGGCGCUGUAA